CGCACGGAGCGGAGUCGUUCCGUCUUCUAAAGCCGGACCAACCAGCAGACUCAGUCGGUGCCCCCCUACACACACCUUUCAGUAAUUCCACUGAGGCUUUUGCCUAUCCGUGUACGCCGCGGACAAACCAGACGAACGAGCUCGCUUUGCACCACCGGCAGGCAGAAAACAGCGCGUGCCAAGUGUCAUGACGCACCAAAAAAAUUGGCACAUGCCCGAACUUCUCUCAUCGAGUUUGCCAUGUGCGCACGCUGUUUGAGACGACUUUCACCGGCUGCGGUGCAAGGAAAAGCCACAUGAGACCAAGGUGCGUCAGCCGGAGCGGUUUGUCACCUCUGUCCUGUUGUCACGCUGAAUGAUGAUGUAAUUGUUUCUUUCGGAUGGGUCUUCGCUCAGCUCCUCCUGCGUCGUGUCUUUCUAGGUUUUUUUUUUUUUUUUUAAAAAGAGUAAUUCCAGCCUCCCAAACUUGGAACAUUGCCCCAUUUCGUGGCUCCGCGCCAGCUUCACAAACAUCUGUCUCUCCUGUGCUGUUGUAAAGUCCGGAUGACGCCAUUUGGAGAGAUACUAAAUUAUUACUCAGUUCCUGAAGUUCGUCAACUUUUUUUUCUGUGGAUGAAGAUUUCUUUGCUCUUGGAAUUCCUGGAAUACGCACACGUGUAACGAUUUAUUGCCCAAGCGAGAUGGGAGUAAACUAUACAGCAUGUAGAGUUAGUCAUAAAAGGAUCUAGUCGCUGCUCUCCGUGGAUGUAUGGAGAAGAGCAGCCCGAGGAUGACUGGCGGAACCCGGGAGGCACCGGUCAACAUCUCUCCGGCGGUGGCGGCUAACGCGGAGGGCGAGGAGAUCGAGGUUUUGGAAAGUACCGACGUCCUUCCAAUUGCUCCAGAGGAUGUACAAUGGAAGUCACUAUUUGACAAGUACGAUCCAGAGAAUUCAGGCUUCAUCAGCACAGAGAGGUUCAGGGACUUGCUGGCCACCCACGGCUCUGAGCUCGACCCCCACAAACUAGAAGUACUUCUGGCUCUCGCUGAUGGCAAUGCUGAUGGAAAGAUCUGCUACCAGGACUUUGUUAACCUGAUGAGCAACAAACGCUCCAAUAGUUUCCGGAGGGCCAUCCUGCAGGGCAGCAGGCAGCUAAAAGGCUGCAGUCUCAGAGACGAGGUCAACUUGGGACUGUCCCAGCGGUUUGUCCGCCAUGUUGCCUAUGAGACACUGCCCCGGGAGGUUGACCGCAAGUGGUACUUUGACAGUUACACAUACUGCCCCCCUCCCUGGUUCAUCCUGGCUAUCACCAUAGCUGAGGUAGCAGUGUUCAUGUAUUAUGGAUUCCAACUGGAUCGCUUGGUACUGCAGGUUUCCAGCCCAUCCUUUCUAAAGAGCCCCUUACCUUAUCACCCCCAACUACGAGCCCAGGCCUGGAGGUACUUCAGCUACAUUUUCAUGCAUACUGGGAUUGAACAUUUGAGCCUGAACAUGGCCAUGCAGCUGCUGGUGGGAGUCCCUUUAGAAAUGGUCCAUGGUGCCCUGAGGAUAGGACUGGUCUACGUGUGUGGUGUGCUGGCAGGGUCACUGGCAGUGUCUGUCACCGAUAUGACGGCUCCUGUGGUGGGAUCAUCUGGGGGAGUGUACGCCCUGGUGUCAGCACACUUGGCGAAUGUUGUCAUGAACUGGUCGGGAAUGAAGUGUCAGUUUAAGUUAUUCCGAAUGGCCAUGGCUCUGGUUUGCAUGAGUGUUGAGUUCGGCCGAGCAGUGUGGCUGCGGUUCUACCCCCCGGCUUUCCCACCGUGCCCCAACCCCAGCUUUGUAGCUCACCUGGGGGGAGUGGUGGUCGGCCUGACACUGGGCGUGGUGGUCCUGCAGAACUACGAGCAGCGACUCCAGGAGCAGUCUCUGUUUUGGAUAUUUUUCUGUGUCUACACCUUGUUUGUGCUCUGCGCUGUGUUCUGGAACAUUUUUGCCUACAGCCUGCUUGAUGUGCGAAUUCCCCCUGCACCAUGAGCUGCUCUUUAGAGGCAGACAAAACACCAUAACCCCGCCACCGCCCACCAUUCCUUCAUUGACUGACAGAUGUCCGACUGCCUGGCUUGAUGCGUUGCCUCAGCCCUGACAUUCUGAGCCUCACCUUUUGGUCAUUGACUUGACUGACAUCCCCCUUCCUCCUAUUUUUGUUUUAAAGCAUUACAAGCUAACAUUCAGGCUUUUUGUUUCCACCCCAGCUGUAUGUUUGUGGGACUGCUGUUGAAAACAUGACAUCGGCAAAAAGGAAGCCUAAAAUCGGACAAAAAGCAUCAUUGCUUAAUCUCGUCUGCCUAUUUUUCCUCAAUCCAACGGUGCCUUCUCAUGAAGACAUCAGCCUCCUGAAAGUUUUUCUGCACACUUGCCUCUUGUGUAGGGUGACAGCUCUAAACCCCUACAGUGUAAUACCAGUUUAAGAUAAUAGUUCCUUAAAAUCUUCUCAUCUCUCAAUUAAAAGUGUUGAUUUGAGGGGUUUAGGCUUCAGGUAGUGGGUAUUUUAUCAAUACAAGCAGCUUUUGAGUACAAGUUUGAAUAAAACAGGCAGCAGGAUAGUGAAUGUUUCACUAUACAGAGAGAUCAGAGAUUUUAUAAGCUACAUCCCUCCUUCAGAAGUAAUUAGGAAUUUAUAUUAUGAUGGAAAGUGUGGGCUACUGUUCAGUGUUGCCUUCAGGAUCAGGAUUAAUGAGUUCACCACUAUCUGAACCUCAGUCUUGUGUCAUUUGUGUGCCUGCACGGAGUACCACAAAUGUGUCAUUUUGUGUGCAGAUGAAAAAUCAAGAAGCAGAAGUGGCAUUUAAAAUUGAAACUUUCAGAAAUUAUGCCAAAACAUAACUUAAAGCACCAGGGAGAGAAGUACAGCACCCUAAUAGGCGUAACAUUAAUGUAAGCAAAAGAGUGGGUCGAAUGUAUCAACGAACUUUCUCCAAAAAAAAAGAAAAGAAAAAGAAAAAUCUCACCGACAUCAAAUAAUGCUGUCAGAGAUUUGUUGUUGUUAUCACUGCUAGGUUUUGCAGUGAUUGUAGCAAAGGUAAAGAAAAAUUACAAAGAAGAAAAAUAAAUGUAUUAAUUGAUGGUGAGGUCUAAGUGGAGUUAGACUACUGAGAACAUUCUCAAGUGGAGUUUUCUAGUUAGAAGCACACAUACCUGAGUUCAACUACAUCUGGGCUGGGGUUGUGUCCCCUCUCAUUUCAGGAGGUGAUUGGGCAAUGAUACAAAUCAGUUAGCUGUCAUUAGUUCCGGUCACAACUUGAUUUGUUAAUUCAUUAAACCAAGAUUUAAAAAAAAAAGGAAAAAAAAAAUCAAUGCCAGCCCAGAGCUAUAGGUCUCAAACUGUACUGUAUUUAACCUCAUGUCACACUGUUAACUGCUUUGCACAAACAUAAUAUUG